ACGAUGGAGUUGGGCAAGAUGGAUUAUUUCUGUGAUCAGGUACAGCAGAAAGAUGUGGGCCGCAGGAUGCAAGUCGGACAAGAAUUUCUGGAGUACCUGAAUGAUCCAGAUGUGUCCUCUGACAUCCAGCAGGAUCAGCAACGCCUUGAUAAAGUGAUGGAUGAAUUAACGGGAUGGGUUAAUUCUAGCAAUUAUAAGGUGUCAUUACUUGGAUUAGAUCUUCUAGGUGCCUUUGUGGACAGAUUAUCGGGACGUUUCAAAUCUUAUAUAGCAACUGUUCUUCCAGUGUUGGUGGAUCGAAUGGGAGAUGCCAAAGACCAAGUUCGGGAACAAGCACAGAACCUUGCUUUGAAGUUAAUGGAUCAGACAGCUCCACCAAUGUACAUUUGGGAUCGCCUUGCUGCUGGCUUUAAGCACAAGAACUAUCGGUCACGAGAAGGAGUGUGUCUGUGUCUCAUUGCAACCUUAAACAACUAUGGUGCACAAUCCUUAGUUCUCAGCAAAUUGGUACCACACUUGUGCAACUUGUUUGGAGACUCCAAUAGCCAGGUGAGAGAUGCUGCAGUAUUGGCAAUUGUGGAGAUUUAUAGACACAUAGGGGAGAAAGUAAGGGUAGACCUCAACAAGAGAGGAAUUCCUUCUGCAAGAUUACAAACAAUAUUUAUGAAAUUUGAUGAAGUGAAAAGCUGCGGCAAUAUGAUUUCGAGCAACAUCAGUGAUAAAAGCUUUGAUGAUGACGAAUCAGUGGAUGGAAAUAGGCCAUCAUCAGCUGCCUCCGCCUUCAAGGUUCCUGCACCUAAAAAACCUGGAAAUCCCUCAAAUACCUCAAGAAAGCCAGGUUCUGCUGGCGGGCCUAAGGUUGGAGGCACAGGCAAGGAAGGAGGAGCAGGUGCUGUUGAUGAAGACGAUUUUACAAAGGCAUUUACAGAUGUUCCUCCUGUACAGAUCUAUUCUAGUCGCGAACUCGAAGAAACGCUAAAUAAAAUCAGGGAAAUCUUGUCAGAUGACAAACAUGACUGGGAUCAACGAGCCGUUGCGCUUAAGAAGGUCCGGUCCCUGCUCGUUGCUGGAGCAGCGCAGUAUGACUGCUUUUUUCAGCAUUUACGGUUGUUGGAUGGAGCAUUUAAAUUAUCAGCUAAAGAUCUCAGAUCACAAGUUGUUAGAGAAGCAUGCAUUACUGUCGCCCAUCUUUCAACUGUUCUUGGAAACAAGUUUGAUCAUGGCGCAGAAGCCAUUGUGCCUACUCUGUUUAAUCUGGUCCCUAAUAGCGCCAAAGUCAUGGCUACUUCUGGGUGUGCUGCCAUUAGAUUUAUCAUUCGUCAUACUCAUGUGCCCAGACUCAUACCUUUAAUAACUAGCAACUGUACAUCAAAAUCUGUUGCAGUUAGGAGGCGCUCUUUUGAAUUUUUAGACUUGUUGUUGCAAGAGUGGCAAACUCAUUCCUUGGAAAGGCAUGCAGCUGUCUUGGUUGAAACUAUCAAAAAGGGCAUACAUGAUGCUGAUGCAGAAGCAAGAGUGGAGGCAAGAAAGACUUACCUAGGUCUAAGGAGUCAUUUUCCAGGUGAAGCAGAGGUGCUGUAUAAUAAUCUUGAACCAUCCUAUCAAAGAAGUCUCCAGACAUACUUGAAAAAUUCUGGUAGCGUCACAUCACUUCCACAGUCAGACAGGUCAUCUUCCAGCUCACAGGAAAGCCUCAAUCGUCCUUUCUCUUCAAAAUGGUCUACAUCCAGCUCAGCAAGUAUGGCUGGCAGAGUUGCAGGGAGUACCAAAGCUGCUCCAACAGCAGGAACGCUGCAGAGGUCUCGCAGUGACAUUGACGUUAAUGCCGCUGCUGGUGCUAAGGCUCGUCACGCUGCUGGCCAGCCAGCAGGAACUGGGCGAUUAGCAGCAGCUGGUCUACCUCCAGGAUCAUAUGCUUCACUAGAGGACACUUCUGACAAGAUGGAUGGACGUGUGCGAAGCAAGCUUUCAGCGCCUUCUAUGGGCAUUGGAAACUCAAAGACAGAUUCCAGGGGCCGUAGCCGAACAAAAGUUGUGUCUCAGUCUCAGCGUUCAUCAUCGCCAGACAAAAACGAAGCUGGUAGCCGUUCUGGUUCUCCCGGAAGAGUUUUGACUACCACCACACUCUCGACUUUGAACACUGGGGUUCAGAGGGUGCUGGUCAGCCCUGCUACAGCACAGAAGCGGAGCAAGAUUCCUCGAAGCCAAGGAUGCAGCAGAGAGGCCAGCCCUUCAAGGCUGUCAGUUGCACGAGGUAGUCGUAUUCCUCGACCUAGUGUGAGUCAGGGGUGCAGUCGGGAGGCCAGCCGUGAAAGUAGCAGGGAUACAAGCCCUGUCCGCUCUUUUGCGCCCCUUGCUUCCAGGCAUCACUCCAGAUCCACUGGUGCCCUCUACUCUCCAGAUGUUUAUGGGGCUACAGGCACAGGUUUUGGAAUAAGUCAGUCAAGUCGGUUGUCAUCUUCAGUUAGUGCCAUGCGAGUCUUAAACACGGGGUCAGAUGUGGAAGAGGCAGUAGCAGAUGCUUUGCUCUUAGGAGACAUACGGACAAAGAAAAAACCAGUACGAAGGAGGUACGAGUCAUACGGGAUGUAUUCUGAUGAUGACGCCAACAGUGAUGCAUCCAGCGCUUGCUCAGAAAGAUCAUACAGCUCUCGAAACGGCACCAUACCUACGUAUAUGCGGCAAACAGAAGACGUAGCUGAGGUUCUCAAUCGUUGUGCAAGCUCCAACUGGUCAGAAAGAAAAGAAGGUCUUCUGGGAUUACAAAAUUUAUUAAAAAACCACAGGACUUUAAGUCGUGUUGAAUUAAAAAGACUGUGUGAAAUCUUCACACGAAUGUUUGCUGACCCACAUAGCAAGGUGUUCAGCAUGUUUCUAGAAACUUUGGUAGACUUCAUCCAAGUCCAUAAAGAAGAUCUACAGGAUUGGCUGUUUGUGUUGCUGACACAACUGCUGAAAAAAAUGGGUGCUGAUUUGUUGGGGUCUGUACAAGCAAAAGUUCAAAAGGCACUUGAUGUAACAAGGGAAUCAUUUCCAAACGAUCUCCAGUUCAAUAUUUUGAUGAGAUUCACUGUUGACCAGACUCAGACGCCCAGCUUGAAGACAGUCAAGCCAGCACUGCAGGACCAGCUUCGUUCUUUUUGGAGCUCCAAGGUAAAAGUUGCCAUUCUUAAAUACAUAGAGAUUCUUGCACAACAAAUGGACCCAGGGGAUUUUGUAAAUUCAAGUGAAACUCGUCUGGCAGUAUCUCGAAUUAUCACUUGGACGACAGAACCUAAAAGUUCAGAUGUUAGAAAGGCUGCACAGUCAGUAUUGAUUUCCCUUUUUGAACUCAAUACUCCAGAGUUUACAAUGUUGCUGGGUGCUUUACCAAAAACGUUUCAGGAUGGCGCCACAAAGCUUCUUCAUAACCACCUCCGAAAUACAGGAAACGGUAGCCAGGGAUCAAUGGGAAGCCCUUUAACAAGACCUGUUCCUCGCUCACCAGCAAGUUGGUCUAGCCCCCUCACUUCACCGACUAAUACAUCCCAGAAUACUUUGUCACCAAGUGCAUUUGAUUACGACACAGAAAACAUGAAUUCAGAAGAUAUUUAUAGUUCUCUCCGUGGAGUGACUGAAGCAAUUCAGAACUUCAGUUUUCGUAGUCAGGAGGAUAUGAAUGAGCCUAUGAAACGGGAUUCAAAAAAAGAAGAUGGUGAUUCAAUUUGCAGCGGGUCUGGAAUAGAUCUGCGAGCAGGAAGUGGAGCGACCGAUACAGGCCGAACAGCUCUUGACAACAAAACCUCAUUACUUAACACAAUGCCUCCUCAUUCUUCCCCACGGUCACGCGAUUAUAAUCCAUAUAAUUACACGGAUAGCAUUGGUUCUUUUAACAAAUCAGCUUUAAAAGAAGCCAUGUUUGAUGAUGAUGCAGACCAGUUUCCCAAUGAACCUCCCCUAGACCAUUCUGAUCUAGUUGCAGAAUUGCUGAAAGAAUUGUCAAACCAUAAUGAGAGAGUUGAAGAACGAAAAGCUGCUCUCUAUGAACUCAUGAAAUUGACCCAAGAAGAAUCUUUUGGUAUUUGGGAUGAGCACUUCAAAACAAUUCUGCUUUUGUUAUUAGAAACCCUUGGGGACAAAGAGCAUGCGAUUCGAGCGCUGGCACUGAAAGUCUUACGAGAAAUUUUAAGGCACCAACCGGCAAGAUUUAGAAAUUAUGCAGAGCUCACAAUCAUGAAGACAUUAGAAGCUCAUAAGGACCCUCACAAGGAGGUGGUAAGAUCUGCUGAAGAUGCUGCUACUAUGCUAGCAACGUCCAUUAGCCCGGAUCAGUGCAUCAAAGUACUUUGUCCCAUUAUCCAAACAGCAGAUUACCCCAUUAAUCUGGCUGCAAUCAAAAUGCAAACUAAAGUGAUAGAAAGAGUACCUAAAGAAACCCUUGCUCAGCUCUUGCCGGAGAUAGUACCAGGUCUAAUACAGGGCUAUGAUAACUCAGAGAGUAGCGUUCGAAAGUCUUGCGUCUUCUGCCUUGUAGCCAUUCAUGCAGUAAUUGGUGAUGAACUGAAACCACAUCUCAGUCAACUCACUGGCAGCAAAAUGAAGUUGUUGAACCUUUAUAUCAAACGUGCACAAACAGGCUCCGGAGCAGGUGAUGCAGCUGCAGAUGUUCCUGGACAAAGCUAAUGAAGCCGAUGGCCCACAAAAUAGGUCUUGUGAAGAAAAGACAGACAAACAGUAAAAGGAAAAAAAAAUCUCGAACACACCUUUUUGGAACUCUUCAUUUUC